UCGUGCAGCUUGAGGAAGUUCAAAGUCAAAGAUCCAUAAAUGAUCAGAAUCUGGGUGCUAUCAGCUGGGCCGUUCCUUUGCCCUCUCACUCUCCUGCCAGAAGGGAAGCAGACCACAGCUCGUCUCCCGGAGGUACCAUCUGAGGUUCAUUUAAAUUGUCAGGAUUGUCAGACCUGACAGACCGACUAUGCCAUCGAGCCAACCUCUGCUUUGUAUGAAAUAAGAAAAGCUGGGUGAUGCUGCGAAAGGGGGAGUGGGUGUGGGUGGACUCCACAAUAGGGGUCCCCAUCGGGGCCAGGGUGAAGAAGGCCGAUACUAACCAAUGUCUGUUGGUGGACGAUGAGGGGAAGGAGCGCGUGCUGAAGGCCGAUCAGCAGGCCUCAGCCCGGCCCAUGCACGCCACGUCGGUGGAGGGCGUGGACGACAUGAUCCAGCUGGGAGACCUGUCGGAGGCCGGCCUGCUCAGGAACCUGCUGGUGCGACACCGGAAGGGCCUGAUCUACACAUACACAGGAUCUGUUCUGGUGGCAGUGAACCCGUACAAAGACCUGCCCCUCUACACCCAAGAACAGGUGAAGCUGUACCACGGACAGAAGCUUGGCGAGCUUCCUCCUCACGUGUUCGCCAUCGCCGACACCUGCUACUACAACCUGAAGCGCUACGACACCGACCAGUGCUGCAUCAUCAGUGGCGAGUCAGGAGCGGGGAAGACAGAGAGCUCCAAGCUGAUCCUCCAGUACCUGGCUGCUAUCAGCGGCCGGCGGUCCAACCUGGAGCAGCAGAUCCUGGAGUCCAACCCAAUCCUGGAGGCCUUUGGGAACGCUAAAACCAUCCGCAACGACAACUCCAGCCGCUUCGGGAAGUACCUGGAGAUCUCCUUCAACCAGGACGGGGCCAUCGAGGGGGCACGGGUGGAGCAGUACCUUCUGGAGAAGUGCCGUGUCUGUCACCAGGCUGAGGCAGAAAGGAACUUCCACAUCUUCUACUGUAUGCUGGCCGGGCUGACAGCAGAGCAGAAGAAGAAGCUGAGUCUGAAAGAUGCCAAAGCGUACAAGUUCCUCACUCGGGGGGGCAGCAUCGUGUGCAACGGUCGGGACGACGCCAAAGACUUCGGCCGCAUCGGCAGCGCCCUGAAGGUCCUGACCUUCAGAGAGAGCCAGAGCUGGGAGAUCUACAAGCUGCUGGCGGCCAUCUUGCAUCUGGGAAACAUCAGCUUUGAAGAGACGUCCCAGAACAACAUGGACAGCAGUAAUGUCUGCAGCUCAGAACAUUUCUCCCUGGCCUCCAGCAUGCUGGAGGUGCCAGCGGACGUGCUGGAGAAGAGCAUGACCCAGCGCUCCUUCCUGACCAACAGAGAGACCGUGACCAAGCCCCUCAACAAAGAGCAGGCUGCAGACUGCAGGGACGCCCUGGUCAAGGCCGUCUACAACAAGAUGUUCCUGUGGAUCGUGGGGAAGAUCAACGGCAUUAUCGGCAAGGCGGUGAAAGAGGACUCUGGCUCCUCCCAUCGCUCCAUCGGCCUGCUGGACAUAUUCGGCUUUGAGAACUUCUUGAUCAACAGUUUCGAGCAGCUGUGCAUCAACCUGGCCAAUGAGAAGCUCCAGCAGUUCUUCGUGGUGAACAUCUUCGAGCUGGAGCAGAAGGAGUACCUCCGGCAGGGCGUGGUCUGGGACAACAUCACCUUCAGCGACAACAAGCCGACCCUGGAGCUCCUGGUGUCGAAGCCCUGCAACCUGCUGGCCAUGAUCGACGAGGAGAGCCAGUUCCCCAAGGGCACGGAUAGCACUAUGCUGUACAAGAUGAACCAGCAGCACAAGGAGAACAAAGGCUACGUCUCAUCAAAGAAUGAACACGACAGCCAAUUUGGCAUCAAACACUUUGCCGGACAAGUUUUCUACGACUCUAACGGAUUCUUGGAGAAAAACCGCGAUGCCAUCAGCUCCAACAUCAUCAUGAUGAUCAGCAUAUCAAAGAAUAAGUUGCUUCAUGACAUAUUUAAGAGUGAACUUUCAAACAAAGGCGUGAAGAAGUCUGCGAACAACAAGGUCACCAUAAUAACUCCCACGCAUUCCCUACGGGCCAUGGGGGACAAGAAGCAGAUGCCCACGCUGAGCGGUCAGUUCCGCCGGUCGCUGGAGUCCCUGAUGAAGGCUCUGGACGCCUGCCAGCCCUUCUUCAUCCGCUGCUUCAAGCCCAACAAGGACAAGAACUCUGAGGGCUUCGACAGAGAGCUGUGCAUGGUGCAGCUGCGCUACUCUGGCAUGAUGGACACCGUGCGCAUCAGGAAGUUGGGGUUCCCUAUCCGCCACACCUUCAAAGACUUCAUGUUCCGCUACAGAGUGCUGCUGAACACCGCUGUGUGUGACCCCAAAAAGGAGUCAGACGGGGCCUGUUGCCAGGCCAUCUGCACUGCUCUGAUCCGUGGGAAGGAUCAGUGGAAAGUGGGCAAGAGCAAGCUCUUCCUGAAGGACGCACAUGACUCCAUCCUGGAGCAAGCCCGGGAACUGGCGCUGGCCAAAGUGGUACUGAUCAUCCAGAGAGUCAUGUUUGGAUUGCACGACAGGAGGAGCUACCUGAAGAAGAAGGCGGCGGUGAGGGUCCUACAGACCAACUGGAGGGCCUACAAGAAGCGUGAGCGAGGCCGAAAGCUCCGUCUCGGCUACGCGCGUCUCUCAGCUCGGGUCCGCGGCCGCCGACUCCAGCUGCUCUACGAGAAGCAGCGCAGCGCUGCCGUUGUCCUGCAGACACAGGUUCGGGGCUACUUGGCCAGGAAGAGCUGGAAACAGCAGAAGGAAGACGCCUUCAAUGCGGCCCGGGAGCAGGAGCUGCUGGCGCGGGCGCAUCAGGAGCAGACUCUGGCGCUGGCAGCCAUCGAGCUCCAGAAACUGGCCGACGCCGCUGCCGAAUCACAGCGCGCCUCCCAGGAGCCUGAGCCAAUCAGUGAUGACGAGGACAGUGAUGUGGGAGGCGACAACAAACCGGCUCCCCAGCUUGUUUCUGUGGCAGAGAGGGCGGCACCGAAGAACGUCAACAACUACCCGGUGGUGGAGAUCGGUCACAAAGCGUUAAAAAACAUCGCCGAGGAGACCUCCUCCUCCUCCUCCUCAGACAUGGAGGAAGACCUCCCAAAGACCACCAAGACCCCGCCCUCUGCCGGCCCCGCCCCCCCGCCCCCCGGGAAGACGGAGGAAGUGGAGGAGAAGGAGAAGAAGAAGAAGAAGAAGGAGGAAGAGGAGGAGGAGGAACCCUUUAAGGAGGACAAGGAGUUCUCCUUCCAGAAGUUCUGCUCGCUGCACUUCCAGGGCGACGCCUCGCACACACACAUCUCCCAGAGGCUGCGGGAGCCCCUGCUGGCCCACCAGGACGAGAGGGACAGCCUGGCCUGUCUGACGGUGUGGUGGAUCAUCCUGCGCUUCAUGGGGGACAUGGUGGAGCCGCGAGCGCCGGACCCCUCCAACCCCCAGGCCCGCCGCACCUCCUCGGCCUACCACCCCUCCAUGGUGCAGCGGCAGGGGCGGCGCCUCAGCAGUAUGGUGGGCCUCGACCAGAAAAUCCUGAGGAAGAACAAGAAGAAGUACGGGGGAGGAAACAGAAGGGCGUCCACCAUUCCAGAGGAGCCAGAGGACGCCAGAGAAGAGGACGUCCUCAUCGGGGAGGGACCUACGCUGGACCGACCUCUGACCCCCCUCGAGAAGCUGCACAUCAUCGUGGGCUACGGUCUGUCCCGACCAGGCAUACGGGAUGAGAUCUUCUGCCAGAUCCUGAAGCAGCUGAUGGGUAACGGGGACAAGGAGGUGUGUCUACGAGGGUGGACUCUGCUCUCCAUGUGUCUCAGCAGCUUCCCGCCAUCGCAGAUACUCAUCAAGUAUCUGGAGAACUUCCUGCGUCGAGGCCCCAAAGGUUACGCAGCGUACUGUGCGGACCGCCUCCGCCGCACCGUAGCCAAUGGGGAGCGAGAAGAGGUCCCCUGCGAGAUGGAGCUGCAGGCCACCGAGUCCAAGAAGCCCAUGGACGUGACGGUGUCUCUGAUGGACGGCCGCAAGUUCACCCUGCAGGUGGACGCGGCCUGCACCUCUGGGGAGGUCCUCCGCGAGGUCGCCCAGAAGAUCAACCUCACAGACACCUACGGCUUCUCCCUGUACAUCAGCAUCAUGGAGAAGCGGUGGUCCCUGGGCAGCAGUGGGAAGCACGUGAUGGACUCGGUGUCCCAGUGCGAGCACGCCGUGCGCCAGCAGGGCUCUGAGGAGAGCCGUGCCCCCUGGCAACUCUGGGUCCGCAAGGAGAUGUUCACCCCGUGGCACGACUGCGCCGUCGACCCCGUGAGCACCGAGCUCAUCUACCGCCAGGUGCUGCUGGGCCUGAAGGCCGAGGAGUACGUCUGCGACAAGGAGGAUGAGUACGCCCAGCUGGCUGCCAAGCACUACUUCGUCCAGUUCGGCGCGGAGAACACCCCCCAGAACACCCGCAGGGCCGUGGAGGACUGCAUCACCAGCUCCCUCAUAGACGCCAAGUCGCGGGCCAAGUGGAACCAGCUGGUCGGCUCCAUUCACGCCCAGGGGCGAUAUCGCAGCAAGGACGUUGCAAAGGCCGGCCUCGUCGACUACGCCCGCCAAAAGUGGUCGCUGUUCUUCUCCAAGUUUUACGCUGUAACGAUGCAGUCAGGUCCCCCGCUGCCUCUAAGCAGGUUUGCUUUGGCCAUCAACUCCACUGGAGUGUCCUUCAUGGACGGCAAAGACACCAAGCUGCUGGAGAUCCCCAACGUGGAGCUGACCGGAGCUACUGUGACCAGUGACUCCCGGCCUGUGGGGGGGUGCCUGAGGCUCUCCACCUUCCAGGACGAGUUCGUGCUGCGCUGUGCGGAGGCGGCGGAGGCGGCCAAGAUGAUCCAGACCAACCUGGAGGGGCUCCGGCAGCGUUCCCAGUACGCUGUGGCCAUGCAGGAGCUGGGCCAGCCAGACGACCCCAGCGUCCUGGUGUGCAAGCGGGGUGAACUGUUGGUGGUGGGGAGGGACGGGGACUUCUCCGCCGCCCGCCGGUGGAACACAGCCACCAACAACAACAGCGGCCUCAGCGGCACCGUCCAGAUGAACACCAUCCAGUUCCUGUCCACGCUGGACAUGCCCAGCGAGGCCACCCUGAAUCUGCUGAAUCCUGGUUACAACCAGCCGAGGGCGCUCGCUGGCCAGGGCCCCACACAGAGAGAGGAGGCCGUAGCCCCAGUCUCCAUCAAAGAGUUCGCACUGGAGAACUUUGGUACCAGAACGGCAGGUAAGGACUUGAAUCGGGUAGGAGCAACCCAAUUGGCGUUCAGAGAGAGGCUGUGGGUCACUUCCAAGGAACCCCUCAAACAACCGCUGCUCAGAACUCUGACGAACAACUCGGAACUCAGCACGAUAGCCUGCAACGCCUUCGUGGCCAUCCUGAAGUACAUGGGCGACUACCCCAUCAAGCACGCCCGCAGCCCCAUGGAGCUGACGGACCAGAUCUUCGGGCCGGCCACACAGCAUCCCGCCCUGCAGGACGAGAUCUACUGCCAGAUCAUGAAGCAGAUGACCAACAACCGCAACAGGGUGAGCAUGGAGUUGGGCUGGCAGCUGUUGUGGUUGUGUACCGGUCUGUUCCCGCCCAGCAAUAGCUUGGCCAAACACGCCCACCGCUUCCUGAAGUCUCGGCCCCGGGACCCGCUGGCCUCCGACUGCCUGAAGAGGCUCCAGAACAUUUUGAGCUUGGAGCCGAGGCAGCACCCACCGCACUACGCAGAGGUGGACGCCAUCCACAGGAACAGCACCCAGAUCUACCACAAGGUCACCUUCCCAAACGAGGCAGACGAACUGUUCGAGGUCACGUCCACGACCACGAUCAGAGACCUCUGCUCCACCAUCGCUACUCAGCUCAACCUCAGCUCCCCAGACGGCUACGGCCUCUUCAUGAAGACAGCCGUCAAGGUCUCUAAUCUGGACGAUGAGAUGUAUUUCUUUGACAGCCUACGACAGAAUGCGGAACCCCCGAAGAAAAUAAAAAAAGCCAAAGAGGCAACACCUUCUGCAUUCCUGGUGUUCUUCAUGAGGAAGCUUUGGUUCAACGUCAUCCCUGGUAGAGACCUUACGGCUGACCUCACCUUCCAUUACCCACAGGAGAUGCCCCGGUAUCUGCGAGGCUACCACAACUGCUCGAGGGAGGACAUGAUCGAGCUGGCCGCGCUGCUCUUCAGGAUCCAGACGGACUCGGACCGCUCCCAGUUCGUCAUGAUCCCCAGGAUGUUGAAGGAGCUCGUCCCAGAUGACCAGAUAGACCUCAUGUCCAGCGACGAGUGGAAGAAGAACAUCAUCUCAUCCUACAACCAGCAGAUGGGCAUCACGGCCGACGAGGCCCGGGUCAACUUCCUGAAGGUCAUCUCCUCCUGGCCCACCUUCGGCUGCACCUUCUUCGAAGUGAAGCAAACAUGUGAGCCAAGCUACCCGACCAACAUGAGGAUUGCCAUCAGCAAAGUGGGCGUCAGCUUCAUAGACCCAAAGACUAAGGAGCUACUGGUCAUGCACCCCUUUGGCAAAAUCACUGACUGGCAGACCGACAACCACCACUUCCACAUGAGCAUUGGGGGAUUGGUCCAAGGAACAUUCUCCUGUGAAACCCCUCUGGGUUAUAAAAUGGAGGACCUUCUACUGUCCUACAUCAGCAUGUAUGAGAAGGAACGGCUGUCCGUCUUACCGAGGAACCAGAUGUUCUCCUGAGGAGAACAUAAAGACAUGCUUAGGAUUUAUUUUUUUGGGGGGAUUUUAUUUGGAUCCCCAUUAGCUGAUGCAGAAGACAUCAACUGCUUUUCCUGGGAUCCACACAUAACAUAUAACAAGACAAGAAAUCAACAUACAAGACAACAGAUUAAAAAAAACAGGAAAAGAAUGGAUAACUAAACCAUCAGCACGCAAAACAAACAAAAAAUGACUUACUAAUACUAUUAACAAUAAUAACAUAGCAUGUAGCAUAAAAUACAAUGGAACAAUACUGUUCGCACCACUGAUUGAUUUUUGAAGGCUCUACUGGAUAACAUUUAUUUUCUUUGUUUUUAUUGAUCAAUCUUAUUUUUUAAUUUCUACAAUUCCAUUUCAAGUAAUUUUCGUGUAAUCGUGCAACAAUGUAAAAGGGAUUGCUUGUUUGUUUAGUGUUUUAUCUUAAAUCUGCCAUGCAUUUAUUUAUAUACCAGUAAUUGGCUUGUCAUUGAAUUAAUUCCUGUGUUAUUUUCAUUAUAUUUCAAUAUCUGUAACAUGUAGUAGCUAUGUACAUAUAAUACAAUACCAUAAAAUAUAACCUAAAUGGUCCCUAAAUGUUAUAUAAUAGUAAACAAUAGUAGUUAUUUGGUACCUUUUUACUGAUGUGUUUAAACUAUCUAACAAACAAAUGAGCAAUGAGUAUGAAAAAAAUAAAAAUGCACAUAUUUAAAUUGCCAGCA